AAAAAUAUUCGCGGAGCAAAAGGUUAAGACCCUAUUUGUCCUUUUCCUUAAAAAUAAAAUAAAAGGAAAAGGGAGAAUAAAAAACUUUGGUUUGUGCUGAGCAUUGAUAGAAGAAGCAGGCUCGUGAAGAAACAUGGUGAAGAUCUCGCUUGGCGGAUACGACGAUGGGGAAGGACCUAGCAACCGGAUCCAGAAGCGACUCAGGAUGGAACCAGAAGAUGGCCAAGCAAGCAGAAACGAAAAGGAGGAGCAUGCAGGAGAUGGCGGCGAGGCUAGAAGUGCAGAGCAUGAUGAAAACCCUGUUGGAUCUGUAAGCGACGAUAAGGAUAGGUCUAUUUCUGUGACUAUCAUCGACCCCGAUGUCCUCGAUUGCUGCAUUUGCUAUGAACCCUUGACUUCCCCUGUUUUCCAGUGUGAGAAUGGUCAUAUUGCUUGCUCUAAUUGCUGUGCCAGACUUGGGAACAAGUGUCCCAUGUGCUCAAUGCCCAUUGGCUAUAACCGCUGCAGAGCUAUUGAGAAGGUGCUGGAAUCUAUUAAAAUAUCAUGCCUGAAUGCAAAAUAUGGUUGUAAACAUAUGUUUAGUUACAGUAAAAAAAAUGAACACGAGAAGGAAUGUAACUUUCUGCCAUGUUUAUGCCCGCAUUCAGGUUGUGACUUUCUUGCUUCAUCUGAGGAGUUAUCCCUCCACUUUAGCCAUAGGCAUAUACAUUCUGGAAUACAGUUUACAUACGAUAAAUUUUUCACUGUCUUCUUAAAUCUUGAUCACAAAACAAUUGUUCUUCAAGAGAAGAAUGAUGCUAAUCUGUUUGUUAUUCACAAUAACCAUGAGCUUCUAGGGAAUUUAAUCCAUAUAACUUGCAUUGGCCCCAAAUCCAAGACAGGGUUUCAUUAUGAUAUCUUGGCUAGGUCCCAGGGAACCUCUCUAAUAUUGCAAUCUUAUACCAAGAUUGUUCAAGGUCACUUUGCUGAUGCUCCUUCAGCAGGGAUGCUUUUGAUUCCUUCUGAUUUUUUUGGUUCCGGACAAAUCAAGCUGGAUAUUCGCAUAAGGUCAUGAUUUCAUUACUUUGCUGGGGACUGACAGGUUUGUGUUGUUUGUAUUCUUUGUUUACCACGUAGUAGAUAUUAUAACUUAGUAUUUAGUAUUUAAGCACAAGUUGGAAGCUGAAGAAUACUUGCAGUGAUGUAAAGGAUUAUCGUUUCAAAACUGUCAUGUAAAUAUGUUGUUUUCCAAUUCCAAUUCUAUGCCUACACUUUAUUGUUGUUCA